UUACACAUCUCUACUGUGUCGGACCGGACAGCCCAGCGUCCGCAAUUUCUACGUUUAAACAUAGAAAAAAGUGUUUUAAACAAAGGGAAAUAAUUGUGAAAAUUUAGCUUAAAUAAAACCGAAAUUAAAUACGUUUUAGCCAAAAUAUACAGUUCACAUUGCAAAAAUGCAUUGUACUCCAGCCAUUUUGGCCGCGUCAUGUGUCAUCGUCACGCUGCUCGCUGCACAGUCCGCUGCCGACCGCUCGUCGACGGCGACCAAAAAAGUUUUGCAGCCAGAUGGAAAUCUAAUCGAAUUGGAUGAGGAUAACUGGCAUUUAAUGCUAAAUGGCGAAUGGAUGAUUGAAUUUUUUGCUCCUUGGUGCCCAGCCUGCAAAAAUCUGGCACCUGUUUGGGAACGCUAUGCUAGCACAGCUAAAGAUGUUAAAGUGCAUGUGGCCAAGAUCGAUGUAACCACAUCGCCAUCGCUGAGCGGACGCUUCUUUGUCACCGCCUUGCCCACGAUCUAUCACGUCAAGGAUGGCGAAUUCCGGCAAUAUCGUGGCGCACGUGAUGCCGAUGCUCUGUUGUACUUCCUCAAGAAGAAGUCCUGGCAGAGCAUUGAGCCGUUGUCCUCGUGGAAAAAGCCCGACACCAUACACAUGUCCCUGCUAUCAUACUUCUUCAAGCUGUCGCAUACAUUGAAGGACUUCAACGCGCGCCUGCAGGAGGAAUAUGGUCUGCCCACCUGGGGCUCUUAUGCUCUGUUUGCCAUUGCCACAAUUUUUGUGGGCGCCGCCCUUGGCUUGAUGCUCGUAUGCAUCGUGGACUUUGUUUAUCCGCCAAAGAAAUCGCAGCGUCAAAGCUUCUCCGAAUCGCAGGAGCAUCUAGCCGAGGGCGUUGAGGACUUGGCCACCGAGGAUAUUGAAGACGAUGAAGAGGAAGGUGGCGAUGACGAGGAAAAAAACAGCGAGGAAGCCGACGAAGAUGAGGAGGAUGAAGCAGCUGAAGUGGAUGCAGAGCAAAUCAAGCAAGGAAAUGGCGAUAAAUUGGAGGACAAGUCGACAGAAAAUAAAGCUGACAAAAUAGAAACUACAAGCUCAGCUGGCGAUGAGGUGCCCGAACUAUCAGAUAAACCCAGCACAGAGCAGGUGCGCAAGCGCAAGCCACGCAAGGCGGAUUAACCUGUGGAGCGGUUCAGCGACGAGAAGGAUGGCAACAAAAAAGACUAACCUAACAUUACACAAUAAACAAACACAAGCAAACAAACGAAAAGAAACUGUAACAAUAGAGGAGAGGAUUCUGCAAAUUGUUGCUAUUGUAUUACGAGCCUGUUUUUAAUUGUUUAAUUUCGCGCACAAUAUAAGCAAAUUUGUCGCAUUUGAAAA